CCGGCGCAGACCUGAGAAAAACAAAUAUAUUAUCUGUCAUAUUAGAGCAGAGAGCAGUUUCUCGAGCCCCUCCCUCCUCUUUCCGGAUUAUUCUGUCCUCCUCUCAAGACACACCGACACAACACGAGUUGAGAUUAACAGCGUGUUUUUUCCUUUCUGGACAUCUUUAUACUCUGGAUUUCCAUGUGCUGUUGGAAUGUGGAUGGAUUAAAGGAGAGAUGUGUUUAGAAAUGAUGCAGAUGUAGCCGCAGUCGUGCGUAAAAGUGGGACGGCACCUCGGACAAAUGUCCACAUCUAGUGUUCCUUCUGACAUCGAGUGCAACUUCAUGAAACGGUUUGUAAAGCGCUCUGUGGGCCGGCACAAGCGUGUGUAUCAAGAAUGAGAAGAAAAUGUGCAAAUCUCAAAAAAUGGAAGAUCCUGUCUUCACCUCUGUCACUGCUGAUUGUGUAUAUCCUGCUGUUGGUCAAAGUAAAGUACAGCUUCAUCCCUGAACCUUCAACUUCCCCGAAAGUUUUGGAUGAUGUGCAGACACAUCACAAGUACAAUAUCAGCUGCCCGGCUAUAUAUGACAUGGACCCGGUGGAGGUGGGUAAAUCUCUGAGCAUUCGAUGGAAAGAAGUUGUGGAGGAUAAGGAUGAAGGUCUUUUUAACCUCACCUCAAACUGCCCAUUAUUCAUCAAGUCCAGAGGUUAUGACAAGGUGUGUGUCUCAGAGGAGGAGAGAGACUUCCCUCUCGCUUAUUCCCUGGUCGUGCAUAAAUCUGCAUGGAUGGUGGAGAGACUCAUCAAAGCUCUGUACUCACCGGGUAACAUCUUCUGUAUUCACUACGACCAGAAGUCGUCACCUCAGUUCAUCUCUGCCAUAGAGGGUCUGGUAAGCUGUUUGCCCAACGUCUUCAUUGCCUCCAAGCGGGAGUCGGUCUAUUACGCAAGCAUCACUCGAUUGCAAGCUGAUCUCAACUGUCUGUCUGACCUUUUGACGUCAGAGGUCAAGUGGAGGUAUGUCAUCAACCUCUGUGGCCAAGAUUUUCCCCUCAAGUUCAAUAGCGAGCUGGUGUCGGAAUUAAAGAAGUUGAAGGGGGCUAAUAUGCUGGAGACGAGCCGACCCACUAACUAUAAGGAAAUGAGGUACUCUUUUCAUUACGAGCUGAAAGAUAUCCCACAUGAAUAUCAAAAACUGCCUAUGAAGACCGAGCUGAAAAAGCCUCCACCCCCUCACGGCAUCGAGAUGUUUAUUGGCAAUGCCUAUUUUGUCUUGUCACGGGACUUUGUUGUGCAUAUGAACUCCUCAGAGGUGGUGAAGGAUUUUUUAGUCUGGUCAGAGGACACUUACUCCCCAGAUGAACACUUCUGGGCCACGCUUGUGCGACUGCCAGGGGUCCCCGGGGAGGUGCCCCGAUCUGAGCCUGAUAUCACUGACCUGAUGAGUAAGACCCGGCUGGUGAAGUGGAGUUACUUGGAGGAACACCUGUACCCACCUUGCUCCGGCGUACACGUCCGCAGUAUCUGCAUUUUCGGUGCUGCGGAGAUGCGUUGGCUGCUUAACUAUGGCCACUUGUUCGCAAAUAAGUUUGACCCCAAAGUGGACCCAAUUAUCAUUCAGUGCCUUGAGGAGAAGCUGGAGGAAAGACAAAAGUUAUUACAGUCAGCGGCAUCCCCAACCUGUAAUAAGGUUUCACCAAAGUUACAACAAUCAACAGAGAAUUAAUCUGCAACAACUUUAAUAGACCAUUAAUGAUUGAAGUAAAAAAAAGAAAUGCCAAAAUUCAGCUUUUCUUUUUUCAGUCUUUGAAGAUAAAAUAUUGAUUUUUUUUUACAUAAUUAAAAUGAAAAGUAUCAGGGGGUGAUGCAUACCCUGUGUAUAUACCCCAGUCAGGAAAUACUAACUUUUCUUAUAUUGAAAUAAUGUCAUAUCAAUAUCUCAUGAUGCCAUUUAUACUGUAAGAUGAAAUGAUUGGUUAAUCUAAAUAACUAAAUAGCUCUUACUGGUAGCAAAAGUUUAUGCAUUAAUAACUAUAUGACAUAAUUUUCUGACUUCAUUGGAAUGUCAUGAUGAUGUCAUUCCUACCAUAUGAUCAUGAUUACAUCAGUUUGACCUGAGGAAGUUUUAGGUCGUGUCUAUAGUCUUAUAUGGUGCAGGGAUACAUGGAAAAAAGCAUUUUCUAACUGAAUAACAUGAGGUUAUUUUCUUACCGUAUAGGGAUUUCUUCACGACGUCACUUGUCAUAUGAUAUCAUAAGACCGGGGGUGAUUAUCUAAACAAGAUAAGUUUUAUUAUUUGUAGGGAUAUCAUGGAAAACCUUUAUUUCAGACCUUAUCUUUGGAGACCUUGACCUUGGCUAAUGAGCUCAGCAUAUCUUCUGAGGGGUGAGAGAGGUGAAAGCAAUACCCUGCUUGCAUGGAUAUCCGCCGGUGCACAGUGUAAUAAUCAUUGCAGCUCUUGGUCAGUAAUACUUGGUAGCAGCACUGUGUUCAUUUGAGAAGCUUCAAUCAGCUUCAAAGGCUUCAAAGGCUCAGAUUUUCCUACGAUGAAUACCUGUCACCUCGAAGGAUCAGUGCACCCAAUUUGCUGAAAGGCACUAUUUUACUUUGUUGUGGUGUUUAUCCAUGCAAACAGUUUUGGUUUUAUAUGUCCAGGGUUUGAGAUGUUUGUUUUCUCCACCAGGUCAAUAGAAUUAAAAACGGAAUUCAAAUUGAACUAAAAUAAUCAAGAAAAGCAGGUAUUUUUAUACAGGUAGGGGGAUGAAUGAUAAUCAUAAUAAUAAUAAUGUAAUUAUAACGUAACAUUUGAGACCUAACAUGCCCCAGCUUGGUUCCAAUUCUUCUGACAUACAUGGAAAGAUUUUAGUUACAUAAGAGUUUCUCAAUGUAUCAGUUGUUUUGAGGUAGCCUCAAAAUACAGAAUCCUCUGAAAAUAAAAUGUUUAUAAUAAUAAAUGAAUUGCCAUUGUUUCUGUACUUGCACAACAUGUAAAUGAAGGAUUAUGCUUAACUUAACUGUGGUUUUGUACUGUCCCUCAACAAGAAAUGAAAUGCUGUGUGA